UUUUGUUUCAUCCGUUUUUCUCGUCUCUCCUGUUUGUCUUUCUCGUAUUUGGUCACGUUCGCGCCACACUCUCCGCGCGUUCUGGCGGUUUUCUGCGCCCGCCUGACUGGCUGGUGCGCACGUCUGCACGUCGUGAGAUUUUCUUCUGGACGCCCAGAGGCUCUGUGUGUUAGUUUCACUGAAUUGACACGAUGGACGGGAACCAAAUGGACAAAGAGGACGACCAGGUGGUGGACUUGACCCUCGACUCCGAUGACGACGACCAGCGGCGAGCUCCAGACGGUCCGGACGAAGGCAACGCGGGCUGCGCGGAAAGUGAGAGGUCGGAAGAAGACGACGACGAGGAAGAAGACGAAGGGGAAGAAGAAGACGAAGGGGAAGAAGAAGACGAAGGGAAAGAAGAAGACGAAGGGGAAGAAGAAGACGAGGGAGAAAACGAAGACGAGGGGGAAGAAGACGAUGGAGAAAACGGAGAUGAGGGAGAAAACGGAGAUGAGGGAGAAAACGAAGAGGAGGAGGAGGAAGACGAAGACGAUGGAGAAAGCGACGAAGGCGAAGACGACGACGAGAUGGACGACGAAGACGCGUGGCUUGGGGAAGAGCACGGUGGGGAAGAGUCUGACGCAGGCGACCACGAAGGCGCCGAGGGGAACGAGGACGAACAGUUCGGCUCUGAAGUCGCGGGAUCUCUCGAGGAACGCGCGAGGCUCUUCCACCCCGCGGCUUCGCGUGUUCCUGUGCGCGAGAGAGAACGAGGAGGUACGAGAUAUCGCGAUUGGAGGGAGGAAGGUUCGGGUGACGCGGAGUAUGAGCCGGGAGCCCAGGAGGCAGAAGCAACGCCAUCGGACGACGUCCUCCAUGUGUCGGGGGAGCAAGCCCCAGAGACAGACAACUCCCGCACGAAUUCGGCAUUCAAGCGGCCGCUGGAGGGUGAAGGUCAAGGUCUGCAUGCGCGUGAAGGACGUCAGAGCGACGCGGGCGAACAGAGAGCGCCGCGGUCGACAGAUCCCGCGAGCAACAGCCGCCUCCCAGGGUUUCCAGAAGAGACACAGAAAUUCACAGAACGAAAAGAGACCUGGCGAGAGGGAGUCGAGGCGACUGCUGAGACAUUUGAAGAGACCCCAGCGCAGCCUUCAGAGCAAGCAGGCGAGCGGAAGGCCCUGAUGCGCGUCGAAGAAGCAAACCAGUUCCUUCUGUCCUACCCGCACAAAGUCCCGUCUGCUUCCCAGUCUGAUUCGAAUGGAGACGGCUUUGCCUCCGCAGCAGUGGCGGGUUCCACAGACUCGGACGCCUUCUCACUCUUCGCCUCUUUUCCCGGUUCGGCGGCCACCGGCGCAGAAGAGCCUCGCGUCGACACGCGUCCAGAGGCUCCGUCUUGCGAAAACGAAUCAGACGCCAGCGCGUGUUUUCCCGAUAAGGAAAAUGCCGACGGGGACAUCCAGAGUGCUCCAGAAGAAGCUUUCUGGCAGCCGCUUCCGGGCGAAAGACUCGAAGCUGCUCCGAAGAACUUGGUGGAGUCUCCCGAUGCUACUUCUGGAGAGGAAGAGAGCGGUCGCCGGUGCAAGCGAAGGCGCGUGGACAUCCCGUGUGUACCAGCGGCUGCAGCAGUGUCGUCAGACGUGUCAAGGGCGCCCUCAGAGAGGGCGGAGAGAGCCGGAGGCCAUUCUCCAAUGACAGACAAAAUCAGCGGAGGAGCGACCAGAGAAAGCGAGCAACCAGCCUCUGGAGAGGCUUCGGAAACGGGGAGAGCACCCGGAGAGCAGGGGCGAAGAGACGCGACUGCACACGAAGACAGGCGGGAAUUCGCGCACUCCAUGUACAACGCAAAGCAACGAAACACUUUCAAGUUUGAGUGCAGAUUGACUUGUCUGACACGGAGUCAGCUUCUCGACCUCGUGGUGGAUCUCACAUCUCAGUUUCCUGAGACAAGACAAAUGGUGGAAGAUGCGGUACGUCACCGUUCUCUGCAGCCCGGCGACUUCUGCAGGUGAUGUAUUUAUAGCCCGGUGCUGGGGCGAGUGUGACGACGUCGACAGAUUUCCUUUUCAGUUUCGAGAGACAUUUUUGACAGGUUAUACGUGAUCGUCUGCAACAGCCCGAGGGCUUCGUACCGAAGUGCAGCGAAGAGCGCAGACGUUUUUUGUUUACCGUGUGGGACAAGGACGGAUGAGGGAAUGAGCGGUGGUUGUUCUUUUCGCGUCUACAUGGGGAGAGAAGUGCAGUUGUGGGGAUACAGCGGACCGCUACACACGAUCGUUUCCGAAGCAAUUUAAUGUCGAGAGGUAUCAUUGUGGGAUUGAGUGGAGGGAACCUUCAUGAGGGCGUGUUAAAACAAGACGAUUGUAAGGGGCGGCCAACGCAGCAAGCCUAAAUGCCUUCGCCUUUAUGGCGUUUUUCGUUAUUCCGUUCCUUAAAUUUCUUCAGCUCAGGCGUGUGCCUUGGAAUUCCUUCCUGUGUCUUGGUGCUGUUAGUUUUUCAAACCAGCCGAAUAAAACGGCCGAUCCUGUGCU